AGAUUGUAUGAACAAAGUAUUAGCUGUCACUGCCAAAUUAAAAUCUCUGUUUUCCCUUUCUUCAAUAUAUUCUUUCUCUUUACCCCACCCCUACCCCUACCCCCUACCCCACCUACCUAUAUAUACCCCACUCUUGUUCACAUGUUUUCUCCAUUCACUCAUGCCAUGCAAAAGCACUCACAAAUGGAGAAAUCAAAAUCAAAAUCGAUUGUUGAAGGUGUAGAAUUGAUUUUCGAUUCGAAAUUGGGAACGUAUGGGUGGUUCAGCUGCACCAGCAGCGGCGGAGAAGGCGUUUUUGGAUUGAGGAGAGAGAAGAAGAAAGUGAAAAUUGAGAGGGAAUAUCCGCCGCCGAUCCCAGGUCUUGUGAAGACGGAGAAUGUUCCGUCUUCACAAAUGCCCUGGGUGAUGAAGAGGUAUCAUACCUCCGAUGGGCGAUUGAUUAUCAAAGAGGAGAAAGUGAAGCGAUUUGAGUAUUUCGAGACUCACCGAACUGAAGGAAGGUUGAUGCUGAAUCUCAUUCCGUUAAACGACGACGCUGGUGAUUCAGACGAUGAUAACGAUGCUGCUGCUGAUGGAGGCGAUGUGGUUGAAAAGGAUGAGAUUGAUCGGACGGCGCCGGAGGAGGGUGAAUCGGCAUUGGUUAAUGGUGGUGGUGCGGUGAUCGGCGGCGGCGGAAGCGGAGGAGUGAAGUGUUCGAGUUUGUGUACGUUUGGUGUGGCGGCGCCGGCGAUAAGGCCAGUUCAUACAUAACCAAAACUUUUCUUCUUAUGAGAAAUCGAUGGGAUUUUCCAUAUAUUUGAGGCUUUUUUUUAGGUUUUAAAUUAUUUUUAUUUAUUUAGAAAAAGUUUUGUUGGCAUUUUAUUGAAUUUUAAAUUAUUUUUUGAAUGUCAAUUUAUUUUUUGUUUAAUUUUAGUGAUCCCUUUGUGCUGCAUUUCUAAUGUUUUUAUAUUAUACGUGCGUAUUGUGUGCUUCUUUUUUUUUUUACAAAAAAAUUCUUUUUAAGGAUUUUAUUGUUCUCAGCUAAGGAUGUUUGGUAAAUGUGAUAUAUUGAGUUUAAUAUUAUUUUUGGGUUAAUGUAUUAGCUAAUCUAUGAAUAUUGAUGAAGGUAUGAAAUAAUCAAAUGAUUAUUUUUGUUUAUUCCAUCAUGCGUGCUAUCUCAUACAAAAAAAUAAAAUAAAAAUAAUAUUUGAUGUGAUAACUUCAUUAUUAAUCUUUAAUUCCAGAGUUUAUAUUUGUUACCCAACAAUUAAACAUUUUUUUUUCAGAAUUCAGAAAAAGACUUUCGUAACCAAAUACACUCUACGCUAACAUCAACCUAAUCUUAU